AUGUUGGAUCCAUCCCUCAACGUGGGCCCAUUUGCUGAGCCUGCCUGGCUCACGACGCUCGCCUCACCCUUCUACAAUGAGAGCCACCGCCGGUUCCAAAAGGCGGUCCGCUCGUACCUCGAGGAGAAUGUGAUGCCGUAUGUCGACGAGUGGGAGGAGAACGGCCACGUGCCGGAAGAGGCGCGGCUCCGGUUUACGCGGUCGGGCAUGGCGUUUGUGGACAUGCCUGCGAAAUACUCGCACGGCGUCCAGCUGCCCGGGGGCGUCACACACGAGGAGUGGGACAUUUUCCAUUUCAUGAUCAAACACUACGAGGUCAACCGCAUCUGCUCGGGCGGUGUGAUUGGCGGCAUCGGCGGAUCGCUGGCCAUUGGCGUGCCGCCCAUUGUCAACUUCGGCACGCAGAAGCAAAAGGACCUGUGGCUGCCGGGCAUCGUGACGGGUGAGACCUCUUUCUGUCUGGGCGCCACCGAGCCGACGGGCGGCAGCGACCUGGCCAACCUCCGGACGACGGCGAAAAGGACGGCCGACGGCACGUCGUACGUGGUCAACGGGCACAAGAAGUGGAUCUCGGGCGGCAUGUCGGCGACGCACAUGACGACGGCCGUACGGACAGGCGGUGCCGGCGCCAAGGGCGUGUCCGUGCUGGUCAUUCCGCUGGGCAGCCCCGGCGUGUCCCGGCGCAAGAUCCGCAACACCGGCUUCCAUGCGGGCGAGUCCACCUGGGUCACCCUCGAGGACGUCGUCGUGCCCGUGGACCACCUCCUCGGCGAGGAGAACAACGGCUUCCCCACGCUCAUGGCCAACUUCAACAAGGAACGCCUCAUCAUGGCGGUCGGCAUGAACAGCAUGGCGCGCGCGUGCCUCGAGGACGCGUGGGCGUAUGCGCUGGACCGGCACACGUUUGGCAAGCCGCUGUUCAGCCACCAAAUCAUCCGGCAUAAGCUGGCGACGCUGGCGCGGUACAUUGAGUCGCACUGGGCGUGGCUGGAGCAGAUUGCGUACCACGCCAAGGCCAGGGGGGACGUGGGCGACGAGCUGGCGAGCCGUCUGGCGCUGGCCAAGGUGCACGGCGGGCGCAUUCUGGAGCUGGCGAACCGGGAGGCGCAGCAGAUCUUUGGCGGCGCGGGCUACCAGCGCGGCGGCGUGGGAGCGCGCGUGGAGCGCGUGGGCCGGGAUCUGCGCGUGAGUGUGGUGGGCGGCGGCAGCGAGGAGAUUAUCACGGACCUGGCCAUCCGGCAAGAGAUGUCGCAGGCGAAGAAGCGGGGCGCAAAACUGUAG